AUGCCGGAGUUCCUGUCACCUGGGGCACGGUUUACACUCCCCAACGCCCAGGAUCUGGAUGAAGGUGCUAACAGUGUCCAGAAUUAUACUCUGAGCCCUGAUGAACAUUUCUAUCUGGAAAUGCAGAUACGCGGGGAUGCGAGUAAAUAUCCUGAAUUGGUGCUGAAGAAAGCCUUAGACAGGGAGCAGCAAGCCACUCACAGACUUGUGCUUACAGCCAAAGAUGGUGGGAACCCUCCAAAGUCUGGUGAUGUCCCGGUCAUUGUGACUGUGCUGGAUUCCAAUGACAAUGCACCAGAAUUUGAGCACUCGGUCUACAGGGCGAGUAUCUUGGAGAACUCCCCCAGUGGCACUUUGGUAGUCCAAGUGCACGCCACGGACUUGGAUGAAGGUCCAAAUGGAGAGGUCAGGUAUUCCUUUAGCAAUACAACUUCUGCUGACUUACAGCGAAUGUUCUCAAUUCACCCACACACUGGGGAGGUGACAGUCAAUGGCGUUUUAGCUGUUCAGAGACCCCUUCUCGAGAUGCUGAUUGAGGCAAGGGACAAUGGGGCAUUUGGCAUGUCCAGCACAGCUAAGCUGCUGGUGGAAAUCACAGAUGUGAACAAUCAUGGCCCAGAGAUUACAAUUACAUCCCUUUCCAGUCCCAUUCCUGAAGAUGCUGUUCCUGGCACAGUGAUAGCUCUGCUGAGUAUUUUGGAUAAGGAUCCUGGGGAGAAUGGGCAAGUAACCUGUCAGAUCUCUGAAAACCUUCCCUUCCAGUUAAAGCCUUCCCUUCAAAACUACUACAGCCUUGUCACCAGUGGGCUUCUGGACAGAGAGCUGAUCAGUGAGUACAACAUCACCAUUACUGCCACGGACCUGGGUUCUCCUCCUCUCACCACUCAGAAGACUGUUUGGGUGCAGAUUUCUGAUGUGAAUGAUAACCCUCCUGUCUUCGGUGCUGACGCAUUCGAUGUGUUCAUGGAGGAGAACAAUCCACUUGGUGCUUUUCUCUACCAGGUCUCGGCAUCUGACCCUGAUAUAGGCGAGAAUGGACGGGUCUCUUACACGCUCAGGAAUUCCACAGUUGCAGGCAGUGCCCUGACCAGCUUUUUGUCUAUGAACUUGGCCAAUGGGAGCAUCUAUGCAAAACGUGCCUUUGAUUUUGAGCAGCUUAGGAGCUUCCAUUUUCAAGUGGAAGCCAAGGACAAUGGGUCACCAGCCUUGAGUGCUGCCACAACAGUGAAUGUUUACAUCUCAGACCAGAAUGACAAUGCCCCGGCCAUCUUGUACCCCACCAGCCAGAACGGCUCAGUAGCUGUGGAAGUUGUGCCCCGCCUGGCUGAUGAGGACUACCUGGUGACCAAAGUGGUGGCAGAUGAUGAGGACAAUGCACAGAACGCGUGGCUUUCCUAUCACCUUGCCCAUUCCUCCGACUCCACCCUGUUCCAGCUGUCACCGCACACCGGCGAGCUGCGCACCACGCGCUCCAUGCGCUCCACCGAUUUCCUCAAGCACAAGGUGGUGGUGGUGGUGCGGGACCACGGUGAUCCACCACUCUCCUCCACCGUCACGGUGGGCAUCCUGCUGGCUGACACCCUGCCCCAGGCACUGCCCGACUUCGAUGACAGUGGGGAGCCACCACCACUGCUCAAUGCCACCAACAUCUACUUGAUCGUUUCCCUUGCCUGUGUCUCGUUCAUCUUCGCGGCAUUCAUCUUCUUCCUCGCCAUCACCCGUCUCUGCCGGUGCCGGACUUGCUGCUGCAGUGGCUGCUGCUGCCCAGCUGAGGACUAUAAAAAGUAUUGCUACAGUGUGCACAUGCUGCCCAGCUCCCACCUCCCACCGGACAUGCUGGAGGUCACUGGUGUGGGCAAACUCACUCACACCUACCUGUACAGGGCAUCUGUAGGUCUUGGGCCUGCGCCGCAGCAGCAGCAGGUCCACAAGCGAACGCCGCUGUCAGCACCCCCAGCCGCCUCCCCGCGCCCCCAGAGCUUCAGCAGCGAGGCCGGGGCGGAGACGAGGAGCGGCGGGGACGGCACGGGAGCCGCGCCCCUCCAGGCUCGGCGGCCACCGGCGCCGGGGGUCCCGGAGCUCCGGGGGCCGCAACACGUGGGCGCGGGCGGCGGGGCCGGGCGGGGCGCGGGGGCGGCGCCGGCCGUGCCGCUGUUCCCGGCCCAGCAGCUGGAGAACGAGAAAGCGGAUCCGGCAAGUCCCGGUCCCUCCUCCUUCCUCCUCCUCCUCAUCCUCCUGAGAGCCGCCGGAGGGGAGAGGUCGGAGCCGCCGCUUCGCGCAACCGGCGAGCAUGGAGCGGGCGGCGGCGGGGCCGGGGGCGGCCGGCGGCUGCUGCUCGCCGCUUGCAUGAGGCGGCCGGGCGGCGGCGGGGAGUGA